CCAUACAAAAGGCUGUAACGGCUUGUCUAAUUCGCAAACAGACAAUAACUCAGUUUCACGGCGGUGGUGUAUAUAAAACCAUAUUCCGAAAGAAAAUUGCAUUUUUCUCGCGUCUUUACUUUGUGCAAGUAUAUAUGACUGAAAAUAAGUUAACUGUAAUCUUAAUUCAAGUAAUGGGUUCUAGUGAAAGAGACAGGCUUGUGCAACAACGUGUCGCUGUGGACUCUGCAGGCAGUGACCGAGAGGCUCCAGCUGAAUUCCGCCUCGUACAUGCUGUACUAUUUCCGGUAACUAUUCUACUGCACGUGUCUGGUGGUAUUAGCUACUAUACGACCCAACAGUGGAUACAGAAAUACUUAAUAGAGACGAUGGAUAUUAACGAUGGCCACGAGCAACACGGUCACCACCACGUGCGUUGCCUCCAGGAUGGUAACUCCACGGAAGGCAAUUUCACACGGAUAGAACAGGAAACGGCUCGUUGGGCAAUGUUUGCUGCCCUGGCGAGCCAUGUGCCGUCGUUCUUCGUUUCGGCACUGGUUUCAUCAUACUCGGAUAAAUACGGACGAAAAUGUUUGUUCAUAAUCAGCGCGCUCAGCCAGACGGUGCAAAUGGCGAUAACUUCGCUGACCAUUUACUUUCAAUGGAGCCUUGUUUUGAUUGUCGUUGGCUCAGCGAUCGACGGCUUGUCAGGCGCUUUAUACACGAACUAUCUGGCGGCAAUGUUAUAUCUGGCGGAUGUAACACCGACUGAAAAAAAUCGCGCAAUUGCACUAAGCAUAUACGAUGGCCUUCUGAUGUUCUGUUCAACGAUUUCAGCAUUAAGCUCAGGGUUCAUAAUCACUAAAGCUGGCUUUUUCCCAUCUAUGGUCGCGUGCACCGCGGCAGCGGGAUUUUGCCUGCUGCUGAUAUGUUGUUGUUUGCCAGAAACACACAAACGACACAACAGAGCGACCACGCGGACAGUGUGCGAGAUGAUCAGACGUAUUGGGGAUGUUUACUGCUCACCUAAGUUUAACCGUGUAGCUUUUGUAAUCGUUCUCGUUAUCUACUUUUUCCAAACGUUUGCGAGUGUUCAUCGCGGUUCGACUGAGCUACUGUAUCAACUAGGUCGGCCGUUCUGCUGGACCGCGCACAAAAUAGGGUUCUUUUCCGCGGCUCGGCACGCUGCACAGGGACUAGCUAGCGUUGUUCUCAUCAUUCCAUUGAAGCGCUGCUUUUCGGUCGUCAACAUCGCACUGAUAAGUGCCGUCUUUAAUACAGGAUCGUAUGUUUUAGAAGCGCUGGCAACCACAACUUUACAGUUGUUCAUGGUGCCUAUUGUGGCCACACUGGGGGCGCUGGCCUCAACGAUGCUCAAGGCGCUCCUGUCCGCCAUGACGCCUCCCGACAAGCAAGGUGCCGUAUUCGCGAAUAUUAUCUUAGUUGCUACGUCGACGGCAAUCCUGACGACUUACAGCUUGAACCACAUUUAUUAUGCCACUGUGAGCGUCUUCACGAGUACAGUGUUUAUAGUGCUGGGAGGGAUGUCCUUCAUGGCCGUACUGCUCCUCGUAUUGUUCAAGAUGACACAGAGAGGCGAAGCCGUGUACGGACCCACUGAGAACAACUCCGUUAGACCCGGUGACACCCGUGAUGACGUUCUUACAAGAUCAAUCAGCUCCGUGGAUGGAAAUAGAUGAACUCCAAUUCCCUGCAGAGCAACAUGUGAACCCCUGCUUCUUGCCUCGGGACAUGUGAACCCCAGCUCUAUGCAGAGCAACAUAUAAACCCAUCCUUCUUGUCUGGGGACAGAUAGCAGUGGAAUAGGAGAACCGAGACCCCCCUGCAAGGCAACAGGUGAACCCUUGCUUCUUCUCUGAGGAAAAGAGAACCCGUUUUGCCAUUAGGCACAUAGGAGCUCAGUAUCUCAAAAUGUCAAUAACAUGAAACGGGAGUAUUGUCGACAACUGAGUGUAAACCGUGUGUGUUUCGUGUGUUUAAACAUAAACAUGUCAACAUUGUAUGGCUUUUUACAUAUUGCGCAAUGAACUCUUGAAAACGACGCUUUCUUAAUAUUAACGUGAUCGUACAAAACAUCGUCAUUAAAAAUCAAUGAAGUCUCGCUCGAAAAACCUUAUGUCAACUCAUGUUCAAAAUAGUUUUGUUAAAAUGCAAUGUAGCAUGGCUUAACAACUUGAUUUAGUGUGCAACUGAUAAUCGACGUGAUUUGGAUGUUUUAAACAGCAAUCACAUAUCUUAAUAUGCUUCGAGAAUGUGUAUAAACACUUAAUAUAAAAUAUACUGGCAUAAUGAUAAGGUGACGGUUCAUUUACGAUACUUGAAUAUGUUUCACAUUUAUGAAAAAAA